UUUUAUCAGUAACUAGUGCCAUCGCAAUCGGCACAGUCAUCUCCUUCUCCGAAUUCUAUUGUGAAAACUCUAAAAAUAAUCUCCUGAAUUCUCGAAUCCCUCAAAAUUGUGCUGGUACUAGUGAAUUAAUUAUUAAAAAUCGUCCGGAAACUCCCGUUCUUGGACAGUUCCAUCUCUGGAAUUUUUUUUUCGCAAUUAAAGAUUAUUGAAAUUGAAAAAACCCAGGGAAAUUUAAAAACCCGAAGCGUUUGAUAAAGAAUUAGAUAAUGCGAGCAGAAGUGUGACGAUGGCCGAUGCACCUGGGGAAGCCGGAGAAGGCUCGAUGUAACAGACAACAGUAGAGGUCAGUCUCUAGCCAAUGAACCAGCACAUGCAGGAGAAAAAAAUUCCACUUUAUCACCGGCUGCAGUUGUCAUUGCACAAGAAUCGUGAGGUGUAAAUUUAACUGGUAAAAUGGAGUGACGUUCUCGAUCGUUGACACCGUUACCGACGAAAUGACGGGGUUUUUGUCUUGGCGCCUUGGAAUUGUCAGUUGUGGUGCCACAGUGGCAAUAGUUCUGAUUGUCUGGAAUCGAAUGAAGUACAUCUCCACUGAUAAAAUAAAUACAGUCAAUAGAAAAGAAGAAGAAGAAGUGGGGAAUAAAGUACCUCUGGUUGUGGAGCAAGUGCGUGGGGACAGGGGACAGGAAAUAAAAGAAUUACCACAGCCCAUCUGGGUCAAAGUGGGACAGAUAAAGGAAUUGUACUUUUAUCCACUCAAGUCAGGGAGAGGAAAAGAGGUUCCUGAGUGUGAGUUCACUGAAUAUGGAAUUGCGUUGGAGGAUAAAGCUGGCUUGACCCUGCGAGACAGGAUGUUUUUAGUAUACAAUGAGGAGACGGGGAAGUUCAUAACGGGGAGAAAUUACCCCACCCUCAUCCUGGUGAGCCUCGUCGCCGUGGACGAGGCCCACGUGCGACUCCAGGCGACUGGAGUUCCAAAUGUGACGUUUGCGGUACCGAAAUAUACGAAUGAUUCAUCAGCUGUCAACUGUAAAAUGUGGUUUGGGGAACCGGUGAAAUGUAUCGAUUGUGGACCGGCGCCUGCCCAAUGGAUUUCCAGAUUUCUAACGGGGACUGACUCAGGGCUUAGGGUGGGUAUCGCCCUCCCCGGGAGGAGGAAUAUCCUGAAGGGACCUUGGGAGCGAUUUACCAAGGUUUACGAGACCCUCAGGAGUGAAGAUACGGGUUUUUUCGCUGAUUUAGCGAGCUACAUGUUACUGUCAACGUCGUCGGUAGAAGAAUUGAACGGACGAUUGAAAAAUCCCAUCUCACCUCUCCAAUUUCGUCCAAAUAUCGUGGUAACUGGCACCGAGCCAUUUGACGAGGACAACUGGGAGUGGAUAAAAAUCGGUGACAGCGCAGUCAUCAGAAAUGUGAAACCCUGUCCGAGGUGCAGAAUGGUCGGAAUUGACCCUCAGACAGGUGUAUUGAAUGAGCAAGAGCCGUUGACGGUAUUGCAGGCGUUUCGUGAGCAAACGGAUGAGAAGAGAAUCCGAGUAGAUGGAAAAGCGCCGCUGAUGGGAAUCUAUUGUGGGCUUUACUCAACCGGAAACGUGAAAAUCGGCGAUGAUGUCUCGGUUCACAUGCCCACAACCCAGUGCGACCCACCCCUAACGCAUUCAUGAAGAAUCGAUCAAAAAUAUCGAUUAAACAAGUCGUUAGAUCCGUCGAAAAACGAUGAAUUGAAAUUAUCCUAUAAAAACUAUCAAAAUAUCAAGAGACUUUAUUUUUUUUUAAAUUUGGGCAGUUGGAUAUCUUCUCCGAAGGCAUAAGGUAUUUUAAAAAAUUAUUACAUGUCAUAAUUCAUAAUUUGUCAGACAAAUAAACAUAAAUAAAUAAUAAUAUAAAAAAAUAUCUUCAGAAGGCGAUUUCUUCCGGAGACAAUUUUUAUCAAAUUUCGUAAAUAUA